AUGCCAUCUGAUAAUAAUAAUUCGCAAUAUCCAUUCCCGAAUGAAGGAGGAGUUAAUCAAGUACACCGGCAUCAUUUUAUUCUUCGAGACGCGUGUCAAAGUAACGUUGCUGCGUCAUUAUUGAAAAAUCUGAUCUCUGAUGCUAAAAUUGGAUGUAAUGUGGGAUCAUGGAUUCUCGAGUUGGCAUCAGAGUAUCCAAGUUCCCAAUUUACUGGAGUUUCGAAUUGCCCACCAGGAUUCUGA